AUGAAUACUUAUAGCUCAUUAAAGUAUUAUCAAUUAUUUAUAGGAGAUCUUUUGAUUCUUAAAUUUAAGGGAGAAAAAUUUAAGAACUAAACGUUGCGAUAACUAGUAAUAGAGCUAAGAAAAGCCCAAGAUUGCUUUCACCUGAAUAAACUCUUGACUAAUUUAUUGAUUUAAAACCUUAACAACUAUAAUAAACACUGAAAAAGAAUAAAGUAAUUUAAGGGUAAUAAGGUAAAUCAAAAUCCUAAAUGAAUACUGCAAAAAAAGGGUUUUUUCCUUCUUAAGAAAAAAAAUAGAAAAAAUCAAUUUAACCUCAAACAAAAAAGAAAAUAAACGUUUAAUUGAUAAGUAACUCUACGAGCCCAUAAAAGUAAAUUAAUAAUAAAAAGCUUUCUUAAUUUAAGAAAAUUGGAGAGAUGCUAAUUAAAUAACAAAUAAAUAAAUAAAAUUUAUAAAAAGAAUAGAAAUAAAAUCAAGAGAAAAAAAAAUAGGAUACAGUUGAAAAAAGAUAAAACAGAUAGAAAGAAGAUAUUCAACUUUAUAUAAAUUGCAAAAGAGCAUAGGAUACAAUCAAUUAGAAAAAUUAAUAAUUAUCAAUGCUCAUUGAAUAGAAGAAAAAGUAUUAAGUCUUAAUUAAUUAGAAUUGAAAAUUUAUGUAAAUUGGAUUAAUUAAGAAAGAAGAUUUUUUCAAAAUAAAAAACAAUUGAUGCAAAAGUUAAAUCACCUAAAAAAGGUAAAAAGAAAUAGAAAAAAAUAAAGUAAAAGGAAUAAAUUGUAUAAUCACAAGGCUCUAAUUAAGAAAAGCCUUUAAAAUUGAUAGAUAAAAUAAUAAAAAGAUAAGAACAAAUUUCUAAGAUGGAGUAAAAUUAAUAAGAAAUAAAAUAGGAAUUAUAAUAAAAAAAGAUAAUAAAACAAUAAAAAUAAGUAGGUAUUCCAUAAUAUGAUGAAGAACAUUCGGAUUCAUACAUUUAAAAUUCUGAUUAAGUUUUACCUAAUGAUGUAGAUGAAAUUUUACAUUAACUUCCUCCAUCAAAUUUUUUAAAGGAAUUGGUAUAAAAUCUGAUAAAAAAUAAUGAAGUUUUAGCUACUACAAAUUUAGCUUAACAUGAUUUUUAAUUAUUAGAAUUUUAUUAUAUGUAAGCAGCUGCAACAAAAAUAUAAAGUGUUUGGAGAGGAUAUUUUUAAAGAAAAUUAAUCCUUGAAAGUUAUCUUAAAUAUCUCGAAUAAGAAAAUUAAUCUUAAUAAAAGAAAGAAUAAUAACAAGAUUUAUCAUUCUUAAAUGAAUCACAGUCUAGUCCAUUAAAAAUACCAAAUCCUCCCUAAAGUUAAAAUAACUCAGAGUUUUUUGAUGAAGGAGAUGAUAAUGAUGAAUAACAAUAAAAAUAACUGAAUAUUCAAUAAGCUAUUAUAAAAAUAUUAGAGAAAUAAGACAAUUCUCCAUAAAAUGAAUCUUUAGAUGAAAAAUACUAAUAAUAAAGUGAUGAUCUAGUUGUUAUUAAUUAAGUACCUGAAAAUAUGAAUUUUGAUUUUCAGAUUAAUGAAAAUUAAAAUCUCGAAAAUUCAAAAGAAAAUCAUGAUCAUGAAGAUUUAAAAUAAGAAUCUAUUGUAUAAGAAAUUUAACAUUAAUUAAAUGAUUGGAAUUUUAAUUUAGAAAAUUUAAUAAAUGAAGGUCGAAAAUCAUAUGCAAUAAAAACACUAAAAGAAUAAAUGACAUAAGCAAUCAUUACUAUUGUUUAAUCUUAGAUAUAAAAAUUUAAAGAAUAAUAAAAUUAAUAUAAAACUGAUACUGAAUAAUCAAUCGAAUUUAAAAUUAGAUUAUCAUAAGAAACAAAUACCGAAAAGAAUUUUAAUGAAGUUAGAAAAAAAUUUAAAACAGUUUAAGAAUAGUUUGAAGAAAGAUUGCUUUAAUCAUCAAAGGAUUAAUCUACUGAUAUUAAUAGAUCAUCCCUUUUAGCAUUAUAAUCUUAGUUAAUGAGAAGAGAGAUUGAAUUAUUAAGUAUGAGGGAGGAAGCAAUUUAAUUAAGAUUUUAAGCAGAAAUUAAAAAAAAUGAGAAUGAUGAAAGUAAAAAAUAAGAGUUAAAUUUAUGGUUAAAAAAAGAAUUAGAUGAUUUAUAAUAAACAAGAUGGGCAAUAGAAAUAAGUACAAAAAAGGAAGCAAUUGCUAUGAAGAAAAUACAAAGAGAUUUAAUAAUAGCUUAAUCUUUUGAUGAGAACAAUUCAAAACUUUAGAGUUUAAGAAAAAGAGUUGAUGAAUAAUUAAGCAAUCUAAAAUAAUCUAAGCAAAGUAUGUCUGAUAUCAAGUUAAUUAAUAAUUUUUGUUUAUAGAAUGAUAAUGAACUUGAAAAAUUAGCAGAAACUUAAUCAGAAGACUUUAAUUGUGAAGAUUAAUUUUAAUAAAAAUAAUUUUUGAAAGAUAAUUUUGUUGAAUCAUAUGAAGCAAUUGAAAAAUCAGCUAAAUUGAAUUUAAUUGUUAGUGAUUUAUUAGUAGAUUUAAUAUAAGAUAUGACUGAAGGUAAUUAUUGUAUCUUUAAAUAUAGAACUAUUGAGUAAUGAAAAUAAAUUUGAGAUUGUUUUUCAAACUAUUAUUAGAUAAUCAGCAAUUCCUCAAAUACCAACUUCUAUAUCAGAUAUUCGUUAUUAUAUCCAUAAUUUUUUUGAUUUUAUUUUACCAUAACACUAUUAUGAGAUAAUUCAAAAUAUAAAUAUGCCUUAUGGAUUUUCACCAUAAAAGCGCUUAUAAUUUAUACAUGGAUAUAUGGAAUAAGAUGAAUCUUAAUAUAAUUAAUUUUUGACAUACGUUUUAAAGGAAGAAUAUUUUUUAGAAUAUGAAUAAUAUAGAUUAUAGUAAAAUGACUUUGAAAACGAAGAUAGUGUUACCUCAGUUUUAAGAGAGUUGGAACAUAUUCAUAAUAGAGUAAUAUUCGAUGCAUGUAAUGAAGCCUUAAAUUAUUCAAGACCUUAUUAUUAAAGUAAGUUAAUAUCUAAUUUUUAGAUAGUGGAUUUCCAUAUCCAUGGGAAGGUAUAAUUAAAUAAAGAAUGAUAGAUGACAAUGAUUUAAGUGAAACAUUUAAGAAUAUGGAAUUAAAGGUUGUUUAAUGGGCUAAUUCUCUUUGUGGAUUUUUACCUGUUGAUGAUGAAAUAUCUAUAUCUAAAGAAAAAUAAGUCCUCUUAGAUGAAAAAAAUUAAUAAAUUAUGCUUUAAUAGAUGUAAUAUUAAGAGAAUCCAGAAUUAUUUGAUUAAGAUUAUUUUAAUAUUUAGGAUCCUAUUUUAUAAAUCAGAGAAUAAAGAUUAUAUAAAACUCUAAUAUAAGAUGUAUUAAUAUAAUAUAAGUUUUUAAAGUUAAAAGAUUUGGAAUAUAGAUGGAUAUAAGAUUAAGAUGAUAAAGCUGAAUUAUUGAUGGAAGUUGGAGAUUUUAUUUUUGAAUAAUGUAUAGAGGAAUUUUUAAUGGAAUCUAUUUUUCUAUGA